AUGCUGGUUACGGUCCUCCUCGAGGACGACGCCGACGCCGAAGCCGCCGCCGCCGCCGCCGCCGCUGGCUCCUCGGCUCCGACCCUCCCCCUCCGCCGACUUCGACCUCCACCCCACCCCACCCCACCACCACCACCACCACCCCGGACCCCCUUCCUCACCCUUCCCUUCCCCCUCCCCCUCCUCCCCUCCUCGCACCACGACGCGUGGCCCCUGUGCGGCGCCCCCAACCCCUUCGCCUCCCCCUUCGACCUCCCCGACCCCGCCUCCGCCGCCUCCCUCUUCCCCAUCCCCGACCCAAACCCUAGCCCCCAGCUCGGAAACCCCGCUCUGGCAUUUCAUCAAACGGGUUUCGCCCCCUUCGACCACCCCGCCGCCGCCGCCGCCGCCCCCCCGUUCCCGAACCGGCCCAAGGCCCUCAAGCCCCUCGAGAUCGUCCCCCCGGUCGGAGCCCGGCCCAAUUUGUUCCAGAAACGGGCCGCGGCCGCUCUAAAGCACAAUUUGCCCGUGGGCCUGGGACUCGAGAAGCGGCGGAGGGGGAAUGGGGAUGAGGAUGAUGAAUUCGGCGAUCAGAGUAUUGAUGGGUCGGGUUUGAAUUAUGAUUCGGAUGAGGUUAACGUUGAGAAUGUGAAGGGGGAGGGGGACGACGAGGAGGAGGACGAGGAGGACGACGAGGAGGGGGGUGUAGGGAAUAGUGGAGUGGGGAGUGAGGUGAAUUUGAAUAGUGUAGCGAGUGGGAGUGGUGCUAGGGGUGGGAGUGGGAAAGGGAAGAACAAGAAGGGGCUUCCUGCAAAAAAUUUGAUGGCCGAGAGGAGGAGGAGGAAGAAGCUGAAUGAUCGGCUUUACAUGCUAAGAUCGGUCGUUCCGAAGAUAAGCAAGAUGGAUAGAGCUUCGAUUCUAGGCGAUGCGAUCGACUACUUGAAGGAACUGUUACAAAGGAUCAAUGACCUUCACAAUGAGCUCGAGUCAAUGCCUUCAAGCUCUUCAGUGCCUGGUUCUAAUACUACGACUCCUACCCCAAGCUUUCACCCUUUGACUCCGACACCACAAACUCUCCCAAGUCGUGUCAAGGAGGAACUAUGCCCGAGUUCAUUACCGAGCCCAACUAGUCAACCAGCCAGGGUUGAAGUCAGGGUAAGAGAAGGGCGAGCGGUUAAUAUCCACAUGUUCUGCUCUCGCCGACCGGGCCUAUUGCUCUCCACGAUGAGGGCCCUUGACAACCUUGGCCUUGACGUCCAACAGGCCGUCAUCAGCUGCUUUAAUGGGUUCGCAAUGGAUGUUUUCCGUGCUGAGCAAUGCAGAGACGGGCCUGGGGUUUUGCCCGAAGAAAUCAAAGCAGUACUCAUGCACUCUGCUGGCUUUCAAGAUGCAAUGUAAGGUAGAGGUUGGUCGAGGAAGAAUUUCGAAAGAAUCAACGGUGAUGAUCUACCAAGGAGUUUGUUUAUCCGUCGGUCUCUAAUCUCACAAAUUGGUUUUUCAGUGACAGUGAAAAUUUCUCCUUCCUAGUGCUAGCAUAGAUCUUUUCUGUUAAAUCAUGUUCUCUGUUGGUGUCCAUACAAAUUGUCGCCGCUUGUCAUGUAAUCAAUUUCCUCAGCAAGUUUUUAGUUAGUUAACAGACCUAAUUUAACUUGAAAUUUCUUUGUUUGGCAUGCAAGCGAUUGCCUUUGUCUUUGUUGCUUAUAUCCUCAAAAGAAUUAUGGUUUGUUUUGCAAUUCUA